CCCGCCGCGACCUUAAGGGCGAGUCGUGGAGUCGGUGUUGUUAUCGAGACCUGCGAGCCACAGUGUUGCUUUCUUGCGCCGCUUCCUUGCGCCGCGGGUGACGUUGCUGAAACAUGAAUCUUCCCCUUCUCCUGACUGCCCUUUGCUUGGGAAUAACCUCAGCGACUACCAAGUAUAACCAGAGUCUGGAUGCAGAAUGGCAACAGUGGGUGUCCAAGCACAGGAGGUUGUAUGGCACGCAUGAAGAAGGGUGGAGGAGAACAGUGUGGGAGAAGAAUAUGAGAGCAAUACAACUCCACAAUCAAGAGUACAGCCAAGGGAAGCAUGGCUUCACCAUGGCAAUGAAUGCCUAUGGGGACAUGACCAGUGAAGAAUUCAGACAGGUGAUGAAUGGUUUUCAAAUGCGUAAACACAAGAAGGGGACGAAAAGGUUCAGGGCGCCUCUCUUUCAUCCACACCCCAAGUCUGUGGAUUGGAGAGAGAAAGGCUGUGUGACUCCUGUGAAGAACCAGGGCGCGUGUGGUUCUUGUUGGGCCUUCAGUGCAGUUGGAGCCCUGGAAGGUCAGAUGUAUCUGAAGACUAGCAAGCUCGUGUCACUGAGUGAACAGAACCUGGUGGACUGCUCCCGUGCUCAGGGCAAUCAAGGCUGCAAUGGUGGGCUCAUGGACAAUGCUUUUGAGUAUGUUAAGGAAAACAAAGGUCUGGAUACUGAGGAGUCCUAUCCAUAUGUUGCAAGGGAUACGGGUGCUUGUAAUUAUAAGCCUGAAUAUUCUGCUGCCAAUGACACUGGCUUCGUGGAUAUCGACCAGAAUGAGAAGCAUCUCCUCGCAGCAGUGGCAACUGUAGGGCCUGUCUCUGUUGCCAUUGAUGCAGGCCAUUCAUCCUUCCAGUUCUACCAAUCAGGUAUUUAUUAUGAGCCAGACUGCAGCAGCAGUGAUCUGGAUCAUGGUGUUCUGUUGGUUGGCUAUGGUUUUGAUGGAAAAGAUCCAAAUAAAAAUAAAUACUGGCUUAUCAAGAACAGCUGGGGUGAAGAAUGGGGCUGGCAAGGCUACGUGAAACUAGCCAGAGACGAAAAUAACCACUGUGGAGUCGCAACAGCAGCCAGCUAUCCUACGGUGUGAGCUAACGAGUGGUGACAAUAGAGGACUUAAGGACAGCAUGUCUGAAGGAAGUUGAUCUUAAAACUGACCAAACCCUUAAUGUGUAAGAUAAAAUACUUGAAUCAUUGAGGAUCCAAGUUGUGAUUUGAAUUCUGUGACAUUUUUCUAAGGGUAAAAUGUUAACACUAUAAUUAGAUAUAAAUAGCUUUAUAAUGUUGAAGACUCAUGCUCAUUUCUAAGACUUUUGAAUUUUCAUUUUUUUAAAGGUUAUAUAAUACAGGCUUUAUCUUUUCAAAUAAAUUUUAAUUCACU